AUGGAGAUCGACUUUAGUAAGUUCAUUUGUUUUUUAAGUACAUUUCCUUUUUUUAACUUUAAAAUAUUGAUAAUUUUCAGUUAUGACAUUCCUGUCACUAGUGUCAAGUGCAAUGGCGUGUACUGUCAUGUUGUGGUUCCAAUGUGGUAGAAACGAUAGAACCAUGGCAAAACCUGGUACAAAAGCAAAUGCAACUGGUAAUGGAGCAGCAGCACCAUCUUCUGGAGCAUCAGAUGGGGUUUUUACGUCGAAUGCUAAAAGAAUCAGAGGAAACUCAUUGAAGAAUGCCGAUGGUAACAUGUCGAUGAGAGGAAGUACAGAAAGACAACAUGUUGUUCAAGAUCAGACGCCUGGAGCUGCUCUGAAGGAAAGAUUGUCGAUGUAAGGUUUAUUUAUAUUUAGUGAUUUAUACUUUAAAGCCCAUUAUGGUUAUUAUAAUAUCGUAUAUUACAGGAGAAGCGUCAAAUCGACUAAACGAUCAAAGUUCAGCAAAGGGGAACGUAAGACGUCAUUUUAACUUUUUUUCUAUUUGGAAACACAAAAUCAAGCCAAAAUUACUAUACAAACGCAUAGAUUUACAAUUUUCCUUACAUAUUCGUUUCAGGAACCGAGAAGACCCAAGAGCCUUCAGAAGCAUCAGCCAAGUCCAAACGAUCAAAAAUGUCGAAAGAAGAAGUCAACAAACAGGAUUGGGAGAAUUUUAAGAAACUGAAAAGUAGCGACAAAGGAUCUCAUAAGUCGACAAAGAAGAAGAAAGGAACUUUAAGUCCAGCCAAGAAGCUUGACGAAUCCCUCAGAACAGCUUCUUCAAAGUCAUCCCUGAAAUCAGCUUUUGGAUCACAGUCAACAUCCAAGGAGAAGAAGGUCAGCUCGGAUGAGUCAACGAAGAAGAAAGUGGGCUCAGAUGAAUCCGCUAAAGAACAAGGAUCAACGAAGAAGAAAGUAAAAUCAAACGAAUCAACUAAAGAAGCGAAGCGAUCAGACAAAGAAAAGAAGAUAACAUCAAAUGAAUCGACCAAAGAACCCAAAAAGAAAGGCAAAAGCCGAAGAAAAAGAAGAAAGCCUCAACGAAAGGCGGAUCUGAUGAAUGGAGCAAGUUGA